AUGACGCGGCCGGAUCUCGCUGCCAUGAAUCCCCCGCAAGCCCCGUCGGCCGCCGGCGCUGCACCACCUUCGCCCGCGGUGGUUGAUGUCCCCGUCGGAGAGGAAGAGGAUCCCGAAGCAGUUCUUCGAAGCCCCUGCGGCGGCCGCAGCUCCACCGGCUGUGACUGCCGAAGCUUCCAAGAAGGGGGCAGGACGAAGAAGAAGGCGGUCGGGCCGAAGGGUGCCCCACCGAGCAAGGUGAAGACAAAGGCAAUCAGCCACAUCGGCCUCGCGCCUCCACCGCCCUCCAAGGCCACGGCCCCUUCUCCCUCCGUUCCGUCCGCGGCGACGCCCGCGCCACCACCACCCUCCAUGGACGUAGACAAGGUGUUCGAUGUUGAGUCCACAACAUCGUACAUGGACAUGCUCAACGAUUCCUCAGUGGACUUGGGCGCCGGCAUCGACGCGUUCGAUGGGGGGUGGAAGUUGAGGGACAAUGAACCAAAGUGCAAGAAGGAAGCUCUGCUCAACAUGGAUGACGAAGCGGAGGACAUGAGUGCGAGAAACAAAGGCAAGCCCGAGGGCUCCAAGAAAGCCAAGGAGAGGGUGAAGGUAGAAGGCAAAGCAGCUAGCUUCAAGGAGAAGUUGGAUCAACUCAUGAAGUCCAAGGAGGCAUUGACGAUGAAGACAUUGGAGACCAAGCUCCUCAUCACCGAGAAGAAGAAGGAGGUGAAGCUUGCCAAGGUGGAAGCAAGGCGGGAGGAUGCCAAGGUGAAGGCCGAAUUGGACUCGAGGAUGCUCGCACUCAAAGAAGCCAAGGCCAUGAAGGAGCUCUUGGCCGAGGAGAGGGAGAUCAUGAUGAUGCGCACAGACAACAUGGACGAGGAUCAGCUGGCGUGGUGGAAGGAGACCAAGGCUGACAUCAUGGCGAGGAAGAUGCUCGCACGUCAAGCUCGUGCUGCUGGUGCGUCGACUCCUCGAGGCAUGCGCAGGCGAGCAGGCAUGCGGCCGGCGAGCUACUGCAACUACCACGCCUCGCACGGGCCGUCGAGCAGAGGUGCACAUCAGAGUGGGCGGGCAUGCGGCCGCAAGCUAUUGCAACUACCGAGCCUCGCACGCGCCAUCAAGCAGGGCGCGCAGCCGAGGUGA